GUGGACACAGAGACUAUAAAUUGGCAUCAAAUUCAACGCUCUGUUUGGAAGUCUAUCUAACACUUUGAUUUCGACGUUGUAUUAACCCUAAUCCCCUAAUUUGAUCUCAUCCAAUUUUCUUCAAUUUCCAUGGAAGAUCUCCCCGCGCCUCUUCUCCUCGAGAUCCUCGGCCGUCUCUCCGACUCCGCCGACGUCGCCCGCUGCCGCGUCGCUUCCCGCGCACUCAACUCCGUCGCGCGGGAGAUUCGGUCCGUCCACCUCUACUGCUCCCACCUCCGCUACGCCAAGUCUCGAUCCCCUCUCACCCGGUCCUCCAUCACGCCUUUUAAGCAAGUUUUCUGCAGAUUGAUCUCCGAGUUGCACGUUGUAGAGCGCGUCUUCAUCGGCGUCGAGAAGCCGCUGCUCCUCGUGGCGUUCGACGACGUCGAGGAUGAGGACGAUGAUUUGUUCCUCAGCGACGUCAGUUUCACCAAGGAGUGGCUGCCCAAGGUUUGCCGGAAUUUGAAGUCGAUUUCCAUAUCGGAUUUUUGGGUGCAGUCCUGCUGGAGGCGAACCGACGUGCUUUCCCUAAUUUCUUCUUAUUGUUGUGAACUUCAUGAGUUAGAAGUUAAAAAUGCGUGGCUAUCUGUUGAUGGCUUAACUCCUAUGCCAAACCUCACAGUCUUGACGCUUGAAUUUAUUAGAUUGGAUGAUGAGAACCUUGAAAAGGUGAAUGACAGUUUCCCUUUGCUUAAAGACCUUAAUUUAAUUGGGGUUGGAGGACUUAAAGAUCCCAAGGUCCAUCUCAUGCACCUUAGAACAUGUCAUUGGUCUGUGUCUAAUGCUCCAACCUCUAUAUCUAUUAUUGCACCUAGUCUUGUCGAUCUCACUCUUAAAUGCGUGAAGCCAAAUCUCCUUUUCAUUGAAGCUCCGUUAUUGUCCAGCUUGAAUCUGUCUGUUGAUAGCACUUGCAACUUGAAAGUGAAAGAAUUCUCUCAUUUGAAAGGGCUUCAUCUUGAAUCUUCAGGCCUCCGCAAUCUUCUUCUUGCAUUUCCUUUCAGCAGAACUGUUGAGAAUCUAACUGCUGUCUCAACAAAGUGGGAAUCACCAGUCGCAGUUUCCAAGUCCAUUCUCGAGUUAUUGCUUCAUGUGUGUCCUAAUGUUAGCUGUCUUACUUUGACUUCAAGAGUUUGGUCUGAGUUUGAAACAUAUACAGGUCUGGAAGACUUAGAGUCCAGGGUUCAGAUGAAGGGAUUGAACGAGAUUACAGCAUAUUUAACUGUAAAUGACAUUGGGGUUACUUUGUCCACCAUUUUCUCUUUACUGGAUAGUUGUAGUGGCCUGUCUAACAUGGCAAUCUUCAUCCACCGUGAUGUUGUUUCUAAUGUGACGAGCAAUCUUAUCUCAGCGUGUAUGGCCCAUUGCACUAGGGUGAGAUGGAAAUGGGGAAUGUGGAAAGAGGGAACAAAAGAGACUUGGAUUUCUGAUGGAAUCUAGGAACCUCAGUUAAACACUUCAUCUGAUCUGUUCAAUGGAUUGGAUUUUCUGAAAUAAAUUAAUGGGCUUUCCAUUCUAUUCGUCAGUUGACUUAAUUACCUAAAGAAUUUAUGGGGCAAGGGAAAGUUCAACCCGGUAGAUGCAGCCAAGUUGGUGUUUGUUAUCCUGAUGAUGGUAAGGACUGUUAUCCGUGAAAAGGUGUUUUGUGAAGUUGAUUGAUUAGCUGGUUGGGUGCUUGACCACAAUCAGAGGAUGCAAGUUGGAGAAAGAUCGAGAAAAGAUGCAAACCCUUGGCGUAAUUUCCCGGUAGCUUAAGCCAGGCAUCAGUUAAUAACUUCAGCAUCAUGAGCUUUCAGUUAAGUUGAGUCGGCAUAUUUGUUUAAUUGAUAAGCUGUAUCUACCUGUAAAGAAUUUGUCACUGAAAGAUUGUUUUUGAGGAAAUGUAUAGUGUGUUAUAUAGAUGGUCUAAAAUUUCUCAUUCUUUAUACUCAGCUAUUUUCUUCUUCUUUUCACACCAUUUAGAAACUCUCAAAAUCCUCUCUACUUAAGUUCUUGAGUUGGUCUCCUGUACACUCAAAUGUAUGGAAAAGACGAUCGGAUCAAGAUUAGGGCACAUGUUGGAUCGGGCUGGGCGCGGUCUUAGAAA